AUCAUGUCGGAACCGACUCGCACCGUGGCGCGACCGCCAGGCGCCUUGUUUCGUGUGGUGAAGACUCUUUCAAAAAGCUCUUCUAACACAGGGGUAUAUCUAUGUCUUCCGCGCAUUCUACCUUCUUCCUCUGAACCCACAAUGGACAUUGAUGAAGAUCUUUCGACCCGAUGCGCACCAAUCUUAGCAGCGUUUGGGAAGAUGACUGGGAACACACGCCUACAGCAGCAACUUGGUCUGCUCGAGUAUGAGAGGCUGGGAGACGUUUUAUACCAAAAUAUGCAGGAAUACCGGACAUCGUUACUGCCUCAAGGGCAGAUCAAAAUGCUGCCGCAGCUCGCAGUGGUCAAGAUGUCUACGGAAAAAGAGAAGGUGCGAAGAGAAGUCAAGGUGAUAGAAGAGAUUCAUAGUAUGGCCGGCGAAGUGGCUACGCUGCAUAUAGGGUCAUAUGUAUUGGGGUCUCAGCAUACAGAGGCGCCAGAGACGUCGUACAUGGUUUUGCGCCCUAUCUUUGGGCCCACGCUCGAGCAAUUCAGUGAAAAGAGCAGCAGUGGUAGGAGCGGGGGCAUUCCAGAAUGGCUGAUGGCGCAUAUAUGUGUCGGUCUGAUCGAGGCGGUUGAGUUCCUGCAUGAGCAUGGUCUGGUGCAUGGCAGGAUCGAGGCGUCCAAUGUCAUGUUGAGCUUGUACCCUGUGUACAUGCAUCAUCGGUAUCGUGGGUACCCGGAUGUGCAACUGAUUGAUUUUUCAGAUUGUGCAUCAGCGGCGGCAAUAGUUACGGCGCUGGAUGUGAGAGGCGUGCUGACGGUCAUGGAAGAAACUAUGGUCAAGCAGAACAAUGCAGCUCCGUCUGGGCGUUCCAAACGGGAUGUUCGUGGUCGGACUCGAGAGAAACAGGUCGAGCAAAACAUACUUCUAGCUAAGAUCAGAGACAUGACUGCUGCUGAUUAUGAAGGAGACAUGAACAUGCAGGGCUUACGAAAGUCACUGGUGGGCAUAGCGGAAGACAUGCGACACAUUGGGCCCGAAACGAUGCCGAGAGACAUUAUGAGGUUGAUCCAUGCAGAUUUGACGACAGAUGGAGAACUCAAGUGCGCAGUGCGGAACCCCUUAGUUCUCAAAAUGAGGAGUAAGAAGCAAGCGACAAAGGCCAUUGGGGACGAUGAGCCGGUUGAUGUGGUUGGCGUA